UUCAACUCAUCCUCGAAGCAUAUAGCACAAGCAUUUCGAGGAUUUAUUAUUUGGUAUAGUCAAUUUAAAUUACAUCACUAAAUAUGGUUAAAGUGUUAGCUUUAGUAACAGUAGCUAUAUGCUGUUAUGUAAGCACUGUAGGUGGAUCAUGUGAUCGACAAACUUUACCAGAAUUAAGUUACACUGUCAAUGGUGCUAAUUUAGCAUGGCCAUGUGUAUCAACCAGAAAUAUCUAUCAAUCAUCUGGUAGAUAUAUUUCACGGAAUAUAAUUGCAACACGCACACAAAUCUUCAAAGAUGAAGCAUACAUCGCAUUACCUAGAUACAAAUCUGGUGUACCAUUCACCUUAGGUCGUAUCUCAUUGAAGAGCAAACAAUGCCAAGCUGUCUUAUCACCAUUCCCAUGCUGGGCACUUCAAGAAGAAGGUAACUGCCAAGCCUUACAAUCAGCUGUUGAUUUGUUCUUGGAUCCACAAGAUAUCCUCUGGGUACUUGAUGUUGGUAUUGUCAAUACUUUGGAACAACCAGUCCGUCGAUGCCCACCAAAGGUUGUAGCUAUCUCAGUCAAAACAGGCAAAGUUGUUAAAAUCUUGGAUCUCAGUGCUUUGGUUAGCUCUGCUUCCCGACUCCAAUACUUGGUUGUUGAUUAUGCUCCAGAUGGUCGUUGCUUCGUAUAUGUCAGUGAUGCUGCCACCAGAGCUAUCCUUGUCUAUGAUGUAUCAGCUGGUAAAGGAUAUCGUGUAGUCUUACCAAAAGCAGUAACAGCUGGAUGUGCUCGCCGUGAUGUAUUAUACUUAGCUCUCGUACGCAAAUCAUGUGGAAACAACAUCUUGUACUUCACAUACUUAUCAUCUUCAAGAUUAUUCUCAAUCAAGGCUGCAUACUUACGUAACGGUCAAGCUUCUGGUGCUGUUGUCGAUGUUGGACCAAAACCAAACUUGAACAAAAUUGUUAUCUUGGGUACAGACAAUGGUGCAGCAAUCUUCUUCAGAUUGAAGGGAGAAUCUGAUAUCUUUAUGUGGAAUUCAGAAACAUGCUUCAAACCAGAAAACUUCUUAUUGGUACAAAAGGGUAAUGAAUGCAGAUUAGCUACACAAGUAGUACCAGGUUACAAACGACUCAUGUGGGUUAUUGAAAGUAACUUCCAAGACUUUAUUGCUAACACAGUUGGAUGUAUGGGUGCAUCUGUUGCUUUACACCCACUUGUAAAAACAUGCGAUUAAAUUAUAGAAUCAAUUAAUUCGAGCGAUUGAGAGUUUGAAGUGGUUUAAAGUUGUUUUUCUUGUUAUUUUAUGUUGAUGUUAUCUGUUUUUUGAUUGUUAUUUUUGAAAGUUUUGAAUAAAAAUUGAUAUAAAAAUUAAAA